UAGUACGAGCAACGCCGCGUCGUUCGCGUAUGUUUUUCGACUGUCUCUAUCAACUUCCAGACGUUUAUUGUGCAAAUGGUCGAUCAUUUGAUGAAACCUAAUAUUUUUAAUACAGCCGUUACUAUAUCAUAUACUAAUAGCUAUUCUAGAACAGUAGAUGAUUAACGUUUAUAAAGAUUCACUUAGUUGUAUUUGUACCGAUUUGGGUUUAUAAUGGUGAAGUUAAAGAAAAAGUUUGAAGUAGGGAACAAAGUAUUUGCAAAGGUUCGAGGUUAUCCACCUUGGCCAGCUAGAGUUGAAGAUAUUUCAGAAUCUAAUCCCAAGGGAGCUAAAUACAAGGUCUUUUUUUAUGGAACCAGUGAAACAGCUGUAUGUAAAGUUGACGAAUUAUUCGAUUACCAUGAAAAUAAAGAAAAAUUUGGAAAACCUAUCAAGAGAAAAAUGUUUCAUGAAGGAAUUCAGCAACUAGAACAAGAAUUAGAUAACGAUGCUGGAAAAUCUUCAUCAAUAACAGAAAGUAGAGAAUCUGUUAUAGACGAAUCUGAAUCAGAGAAUCCAUCGGUGCCGACAGAACCUUCUUCAGGAGUUACUUUAGACAGUGACAUAGAAACUGGUCCAUUAAUAAUAGACGAAGGGAAUAAAAAAAAACCUUUAAAACGAAAAUCUUUAGUCACUACUGCUUUAAUUUCUGACGCAGUGGAAAUAAAGAAAAAACGUGGACGAGGUAAAUCUUUACCUGCAACAAUGAUAGAAGCCGGUAACGAUUCACAAGGUGAAGAAACUGUUGGAAAAGAAGUUGUUAGUCGCAGUGGGAGAAAAAUUAAACCUAAAAGAUUUGCUGAUUUUUCAGCAGAUGAUGAAUAUGAAUUAGAAACUACUGGAAGGAAUAGAGGGAAAAGUAAGCAUGAAGAAUCCAAUGAAACAGCUCCAACACCAUCAGGAAGGAAAAAAGCUAGUAUAGAACAAGAGGAUAAAAAAAUGAUGAAUAAAGAUAGCGCCAAUCAAAAAUUUAAAAUUAAAUGGCUUCGUACAGAAUCGCAGCUUUUAACUUUGGAUGGUCAGAUUAAAUCGAAUCUGAGUUUAGAUCAAGCAGACACUGACAAAUGUUUACAAGCGAUGGAUGAAAUGUUAGGUUUACAAAUUGAUCCCUUAACGCUCAAAAAACAUCCCCAUACCGUGAAAACGGUAAAAAUGUUGAGAAGAUAUAUUGGCAACUUAGCAGAGUGGAAGCUUUCUGAAGAAGAAGUAAUAGUCUUUAAACAAAAGGCUGAACAAAUUAGGCAGAAAGCUGAACACAUAUACAACAAAUUUAGAGCUUUAUUUACAAUUCCUGAAGACCAAUCAUUUUGGCAAUCUUUUUCUGAUCAGGUGGAUCACUUUAAAGAAGCCACUAAAAAUAUGUCUGAAGAAAAAAUAUUUGCACUUAUGUCAGAUCCAACAUGUUCAGAAUCUACAACCGUUAACGAUGCUUUGUCUGGAGAUGAAAUGACAGCACAAGGAGAAAUGAGUACUGGAGAACAAGAUCAACUCACAAAAGAUGCAGUUAAUGAGUCAGCAACUUUAGUAUCCAAGUAACAUUCAUUAUUUUAAUUUUAUUGUUUAUUAUAAUUUUCAAAGACAUUCUUUACCGUUACCAAACAUUGCCUAAUUAUUAAACAAGGAGAUAACUUAAAGUUACAUGCAAGUUAAAGGUAACAUAUUCGAGAUUUUUUUUGUUUUCAUAUAAAAUUUUGUUAAACUAUUUUUUUAUUAUACAAUUUGUUUUUAAUAUUUUCAUCAUUUAUUUUGACAAGAGUUCGAGGAGCUGACAAAUUACUUAUGAUUCAGCACAAAAAGUAAUAAUCAUAUAAAAAAAUCAAUAAAUUUUGUAUGAUUGAUCCAAAA